UUUUAAAAAAAAAGUGUACUCAUACAAAUGAAGGUACAUUCUUUAAUAAUAGUAAUAAUAAUAGAAAAAGAAUCAAACUCAUAACAGAAGAGAUGCUAGUGGUUCAUCCUUUUUCAUAUUAACUUUCCCAUGUGUUUAAACAUGGAGCUUGCUUACAGCAUACUUGAUUGCGACAUCAUCGGAAUCAAGUUUAGCCCUUUUAAAAGAUGGACUUUGUCCAGAUGUGUUACUUCUUUUAUAUUUACGGUAAGAUGUACUUGAAGGUUCUUCUUCCUCCUCCUCCUCCAUGAUACGUUUUUUAGGACAUACACAGGCAUCUCUUUCCUCCUUUGGAGAGCGUUUCAUACACUUGACAGUUUUUUGCUUUUCAGCUUUUGUGUAUACUACUGCUUUUGGGCUUCUUACGGGUGUUGCUUUGGAGCUUCUUACUGUACUUACAGCAGUGGGUUUUUUGAAACCCAUCCUGUUUUCACCGCUACUUUGGUUGUUUGCUACAAGGGUUUGUCUAUCAGCUCGAUAUAAAACGAGGAAUAAAAAGCGUUUAUGAUAGUUGUCUGGGUCUUCAUAUCCCCAACAAGGUCGCAUCUUGAUGAUUUCAUAUAUAUUUUUUAAUUCGGCUGCGUGAGCUUCUCUGCUUUCUGGAAUGGUUUUAUAGUUUUCUUCGUAUCUCAUCUUGUUCUUGCUUGAUUAGAUGCGAUCAGCCCUCGUACCACCCUAGAUGCAUGAAAUCUCUUUGGGCUAAAAUGAGGGCGGAAGGAUUAUUUGGCUUUUGAACGCGGUUUAUUCUAUAGCUUCAUCGUAGACGAGAGGUGAUGUUGAUACUAAAUUUUUUUUUAUUUAUUUACAUAUCACUGGUU